UUGACGUCCAUGGCUGGCGGAAGCUAUUGAGACACCAUUCCUUGGCCCGGACACCAUCGUCGACCCGCCCGUCCGUCGUCCGUAGUCCUCUACCUGCUGGCAAGGAAAAGCAGGCGCCGAUCGAAGGUAGCCGCGGCCAUGGGGAAGCACGAUCACCACCACCACCACCACCACCACGACGUGGAGGCGUGCUACCCGCCCGACGGGUACAUGAUCGAGAGCCCGGAGCUGCGCUGGGCCUUCAUCCGCAAGGUGUACGUCAUCGUCUCCAUCCAGAUGCUCGUCACCGUGGCCGUCGCCGCCGCCAUGAACCUCACCGACUGCGUCCGCAACUUCUUCCUCUCCCGCACCCCCGCCGCCCUCGUCGCCUUCAUCCUCAUCCUCAUCUCCCCCCUCCUCGUGAUGCUGCCCAUGGUCUACUUCCGGCAGAAGCACCCGGUGAACCUGGUGUUUCUGGGCAUCUUCACCGUGUGCGUCAGCCUGUCGGUGGGGCUGGGGUGCCUCACCAAGCGCGGGCCCAUCAUCUUCGAGGCGGCGGGGAUGACGCUCGUCGUCGUGGUCUCGCUCACCGCCUACACCUUCUGGGCGGCCAGGCGCGGCCACGACUUCGAGUUCCUGGGGCCCUUCCUCUUCGCCGCCUGCGUCAUCCUCAUGCUCUACGCCAUCGUCAUCAUCCUCUUCCCCAUGGGCAAGACGGCCGUGCUCGUCUAUGGCUGCAUCGCCGCGCUCAUCUUCUCCGCCUUCAUCAUCUACGACACCGACAACCUCAUCAAGCGCUACACCUACGACGAGUACGUGGCCGCCUCCAUCACCCUCUACCUCGACAUCAUCAACCUCUUCAGGGCCAUCCUCAUGGCCCUCUAUGCCGCCGACUGAUCUUGAUCAGAGCAAACCAGCCAAACCUAACAUGAUGAUUCAUUCGCCUCUGCCUGCCUGGCACAUGUAUGUAUGCUAAACUAGAUGCCGUAUGUAGAUUACCAUGGAUGGAAAGUUAUUACGUGCUC